AUGAAUGAUUUACAUUCCGUAUAUGCAAAUACGAGCGAAAAAGACAAAAAAAUUAUUUCAGAAAAAUUAAUAAAUAUACUUGAUAGUUUUCAAGAUACAAAUAAAUGCCAUGUUUCUGAAUUUGUUGUUGUAAGUAGAACUCGUUUUUUAAAAUCAAUUAGCAAUUAUGGCGAAUUUCUAUUGUUGCAAUCUUCUUCCCGAUUAAUAAGCAAUUAUGAAAAUAUUUUAAGAUUAUUAUAUAAAUCAAAAGUGUAUUUGGAAUGUGUUAAGUGUUUGCAGUCUAGAAUUUAUAAUUUAGACAAACAUAAAAAACAAGAAGAUGAAAUUUUAACAUUUAUUAAUUAUUUAGAAGCAAAAAAAAAAAAAUAUUAUUAUUAUAUAUGUGGAACAUUAAUAAAAUAUAUUAUUACAUCACUCAAAAAAAAUGACAAUGUUUUAGGAAAUGAUUGUAAUAAUACAGAUUUAGAAAAAAAUGAAAAAAACAAUAUUAAGGUGAAUGACAAAAUUGGAAUUAAUAUAGAUGAUAAAUCUAAUGAUUCAAAUCUAUAUGAAAUCAAUAAAUUAAAUAAUAAUGAUGAAAAAAGUGUUAUUGAACCUUUUAAUGAAUUAGAAGAAUAUGGUGAUUAUUUAUGUAAUGUGUUAAAUCAAAUGGAUAGUAAAUCGUGGAAAGAUAAAAAGUAUGAAGAAUAUUUAAAAAUGAUAAGUUUAAAUGAUGAAAUCAUACUUGAGGAAAAUGAUAAAAAUGGAACAUCAGAAUUUUCUAGUUUUGCAAAUAUUACAAAGGUUCCAAAUAAUAUGAUAUUGCUACCAAAAUAUUUAGAAAAUGUAAGAAAUUCUAUAUAUAAUCAUCAAAAUAAAUCAAUAUUGGAAGUUAAAUUUAUGGUAGAGCAUGCUAUGAGUAAUAAUUCAAAAGCCCCUUUAUUUAAAACCGGUAAAAUCAUAAGUGAAAUGAUUCCUUCUCCUGAUUAUGAAAAAUAUGGUUUUAGCACAAAAUAUGAUUCUUUAAAUAAAUCAGAUAAUACUUCAUUAGUACGAGACAUGAUAUUCAAAUUUUUUAACCUUAGUAAAAAUCAGACAAAUAAUUUUAUAUCAUCAAAUGAAUAUUAUAUUAACAUUUUUGAUGUUUUUAAUAUUAUUUUUAAAGGAAUAACUUCUAUAAAAAUUGAAAACGAAGAAAUUCAUAUAUUUCUUAAGCAAUUAUUGAUUAACACCAAACUAAAUUAUUCUUAUACGUUUAAUAAAAAAUUAGAAAAUAAACAAUCCUCAAAUAAUGAAAAGCAUAAUUAUAUUAUUUCUCCAUUAAAUAUAUAUGACAAUUCAAAUGUUUGCAAAGAAGUAUUAAAAUAUGCUAUUGGAAAUAAUGACAUAGCAUUAACAUUAACAGUUGUAGAUACAUUUUUAGCAAUAGCCAUAUAUGAAAAUUCUUUAAAAGAAAUAGUUAAUUUUCUUAAUACAAUUGCAGAAUGCAUAAUUAUCCCUUACUUAAGAUGUGAAAUUUUAUCAUCUUACAAAAAAAAAUAUAGUGAAAGUGCGUCUUUGAGGAGAAAAAUAUAUAACAUAAUUGAUUAUAACAAGACAAUAACGAACAAAAAUAAAAUUAAUAAUGAUGAAAAUAAUAGAGCUAGCGCUAAUAUAAUCAAAGAAAAUAAUAAUGGUGAGUAUUUAGUAAAUUAUACAAAUUUUCAGAAAUUUAUAUGCAAAAUUCCGUUGCAUGAAUAUGAAUCCUUGAAGUUGUUAGAAUUAUUUUCAUUGCAAUAUCCAAUGUUUUUGAAAAUUAAUAACACCUCGAAAAGACAUUUAAAAGGCAUAUAUAAACCAUGUGAAUAUUCUACAAACAUACUUCCAUCAAAUGGAUCAUAUAUAUUUCAAAUUGUUGUUUCAUUUGAAAUUGACAAUUCUAUAAAAGUAUUAGAUGAGCAAGGAUCUAAAUGUAAAAUUAUGUUUCAACUAAAUGAAGAUGAAGAUAUUAAUAGUAAUGUAAAUGAUAGUAAUAAUCAAUGCAAUAAAUAUAAUAUAUUGGAAAUUAAUUUUCUUAAAAAUUACAUGUAUACAAAAUUAAUAAAACAAACAAAUUACAUCAAGGAACAAGAACAUCUUUCCAAAGAAAUAGAUGAAAAUAACUGUGACAAGAAUAGUAAUUUAUUUUAUGAAAAAAAUAAUAACCACAAUUCAUUAAAAAUCCAAAAUAAUAAUAAUGAAAUUUGCAAAAAAUAUAAAAGUAAAGACACAACUAAGCAGGUAAAUGCGUAUGAUAUAACAAACAUGAAUGCAAUUAUAUUUGAUAUAUUAGUUGAUCAAGGAUGUUAUAAUAAUGAUAAUAAUAGUAUUUCCGAUUUUCAUAAUAACCACGGAAAAAUAGUUAUAUAUUCAAACGGAAAGCAUUUAUUAACAACAAAUAUAAAAAAAAAUUCUUCUUCUUUUGAUAAUAAAAUUUUAAUGAGCAAUAGUAUAAACUUAAAAGUGUAUGCUUCUCACACAUGUAAUAUUGAAUUCCCAAAUGAAUAUUCAUGGUCUGCGGCAUUUGUUGAUGAAUUAGUAAACAGAAAAUUGCUUCCAGAUAUAAAUAAUGAUUUUCUAUUUAAAAACUCAAUUAAUAUAAUAGAGCUCUAUAAUAAAGUUUCUAUUGCAUUAAAUCGCUAUAUAUACCACUUUUGUAAUUGGACUGAUGAUGAUUAUAAAAAAUUAAUAGAACAUGAAACAACAUACAAAUUAUAUAAUAGUAUAGACAUUUUAACUUUUGAAUCACUAAUUAAAUACACAGAAAACAAUAAUAAAAUUCUGAAAAAAUUAUAUAAGUUAUCAUAUAUGUGUGUAUCGGAAAAAGUCACCAGUAACAAUGAAAACAAAGAUAUUAUAGACAAUGGAAAUUGCACAAAUAGUCACAAUGAACCAGUAAAGAAAUAUAGAGAAUAUUUAUAUGAGUGGAAUAAAAUAUCUGAUUCCCAUAUAUGUGCAUUAAGUAUUCUGAAAUUAUAUUUAAAGAAUAAUAUAGACACACAUAAUAUUAGGAUAGAAAACAAUGAACAAUUUUAUUCAUUAUCAGAACGAUUAAUAUUAGCAUUUUUAAAAAUAAUUAAAUUAGAAACACCAUUUGUAAAUAUAAAAGAUUUUUUUGUAAAUGAAUAUUAUGAAAUGGAAGAAUUAGAUCUAAAUGGUAUUUUAUGGUUAUUGCGAAGGAAUGUAUUCCAAAUACUUUUAGAGGCAGAUAAAAUAAUUAUAAGUAAUAUAUUUAUGAGAAUAAACAUUGAUAUUAUUUUGAAGUUACUAAAGUUUUUUUCAGACAAUAAUAUAUUAGAUUCAUAUAUGAUUUUGAAACUAUUGAAAUCUUUAGAACAUAAAGGAAUUUUAGAGAUUAUGAUGAAACGAAUGCUAAGUGCACCAUAUAGUAAUCAUUGCGACAGUUCCAUUGAUGAUAGUUACCAUAGUAAUUAUAAAGAUAAAUGUCAUUAUAAUACCAACAAUUAUAACAUUAACAGCUAUAACAAAAAUGAAAACAAUUAUUAUGUAAAAUCUCAAAAUAUAAGUUCUCCCACAUUUUCAUCGUCAUCAUGCAGUUCUAGUUUUUAUAAUAUUAGCGGAAACGAUUUAAAUGAAUUUAAUAUUGCCCUUAAAAAGGACGAAAAAACAAAAAAACGAAAAUAUUAUGAAGAAAAUAAGCAUGAAAUAGAAAGAUAUGGAAAAAGAAAAAGAAAUUCUAGAUUUAGAAUAAUAGACAAUACCUAUUUUGGUGUUUUUGUUGAAGAAUUAAUUUUAUUAAUAAAUAAUCAAACAAGUGAUGCAAUAAAUAUACCUGUUGUGCAACACAAUGAUGAAAACGAUUUUUUAAUUGAAAACAAAACAUGUGAAUUUAUACAUAAAUUAUGUUUUUUUUAUGAAAGUGAACCAAAAAAAGAAAUAUUAUCAAAUUAUAAAUAUUUUGAUUUCUGCAUCAAAAUAAUUAAUGAAAUAAAACAAAAAAAUACCAAUGUAAGUAAUGCAAGUGAAGUGGCAUCUAUUUUCUUCCGAGGUAUUGUAUUAAUGCUAACGACAUACAUAUUGACAAUAGCAACAGAAUAUGAAUCAGAAAAAGCCUUUUUAUAUCAACCAGUUAUUCCAUUUUAUAACUUACACGAUAAAAUAUCAAAAGAUAAAGCUCUAAAUAAAGAAAAUAACAAUAUUAGUAUUCAAUUAUCCAAUUCAGAAUAUGGAGUAAACAAUAUAAACCAAACAAGUUUUAUGGAAAACAAUUUUGAGAAUUCUCCAAUUUUAAAAAAUCAAUAUUUAUAUAAUUCAGGCCUUUUUUUCGAAGAUAAUCUUAGUUAUAAUAGUAAAUAUUCUAGUUAUAUAUGUUCGGAUUUGUCUUCUUUUAACAAUGAUAAUAUGAAUAUUCUAAAAUACACAAAAUGUAGAGAAGAAAAAAAUGUAUGGAUGCCUUUAAUUUCUACUGAAUCCACAGGGUUGAUUGAUAAUGCCUUAUCAAAUUCAGAUGAUUCGAGUUCACAUGGAUUAUAUGUAAAUAAGAAUAAUUCAUCACUUUUUAUUGCUAAUAGUAUAGAAAAUGUAUGUAAUAGUAAUAUAAAUGAUAAAAAUGAUAAGAAAAAAGGAAAAAAACAUCAUAACAAAAAAGACAAAUAUACAAUAUUUCCAGAAUAUAAUUAUAACUCUGACGAAUCAGACGAAUUUUAUAUUAGAAAAAAGUUACAAGAUUUUUAUGAUAAAAAUAGUGACUCGAUAGCCUUUAAAACACAAAUUAAUGAGGUUAUUCAUAGUUUAUCUAAAAAGAAAAAGUAUAAUAAGAAUAGCAAAAAAUUGAAAAAAAUUAAAAAAAAAAUAAUAAAGUAUGUAACUGAUUCAAAUAAAUUGAGUUUCAUAUUUUCUCUUUUGGAAGAAAUAUUGAAAAUUAUGUUAUCAGUUGGUUUAAGAGUUUUAUCUAGUAUUUCAUACCAUUAUUUAUAUGAAAAAAAUGGCAUGCACAAAUUUAUACACAUAUUUGGAUCAAAAAUGAUUAGAAAUGGAUUAAAUGAAAAAAUGAAUUUUCUUCAAUUAUGUGAAAACAUGAUUAAACCUAAAAGCUUAACGUUAUUACAAUCAUGUAAUUUCAUUAUAACCGGAAUUAUUCCAUGCUUAGGAUAUGUUACAAAUUUGUUCGAUGAAAAAAAAAUUAACAAAUACUCAUAUAUAAAAGAAUUGAAAAAUUAUUUGUCUUUAAAAAUGGCUUUAAAUAUUUGGCCAAUGUUUUUAAAAAUCACAUUACAAGGAUUAUUAACUUCAAGACACUUGUCUUUUGAAAUGUCAGUGCAUAAAGAUAAUUUACAUCCCAUUGCAGAAUGUUGUAUAAGUAUUACAAGUUUAGCUACCCACUUCUUAACAUUCUUCACUAUUAUGUCAGAUAACCUAAGCAAAUAUGAAAUAUAUGUGAACAUGCGGAAAAAUUUAAAAGAUCCAUCAAAUUCAUAUCCAAUACCAUUGAUUUUAAUUGAUGCAGCAAAAUAUAUUCGCAUAUCGUCAAAAAAAAAUAAAUAUUUUGAUUUCGAAAAAGCUAUAAGAAUUAUAUUAUUACAACUUACAGAUUGUUAUGUGUGCGAUUAUGAAAAUUAUGUUUUUAAUCACUAUGUAAUUCCUCAAAGUAUAUCAAGAUUUUUAUCAAUGACAAAAAAUACAUAUGGAGAUAAUUACAUAGAUAAUUAUUCACCUAAUAAUAUAAUAACAAACAAGUCGAAUAAUUAUGAUAACUUUAAUAAGGCAAGUAUGUCUGCAGGAAAGGAAUGUACCAACACAUAUAAACCAUCAUAUGAUAAUGAAAAUAGUAUAUCUCAGAAUUUAAAAUCAGAUAGUUAUAAAAUUAAAUCAGAAAAAAUACAAUUUUCUACUCAGAAUGAGAAAUAUAAUCCUGGAAAUAAACGAAGCAUAGAAUUUUUACAUAAAUUAUUGAAAAACGAUAAUGAUGCUAUAAAAGAUUUAGGAAAAUUUUAUAAUGUGUUUCAUAAAAAUUUCGAAAGAGUACAAAUAGCAUUUGUUGCUGUGUUUUUGUAUAUUAUUGGUUAUAAUCAUAUAGAAAAUAAUGAAGACUCAAAAAAUAUACAAAAUGAAUUAAUUAAUGAGGGUAAUGCAUAUAAUUCAUCUUUAAAAGAAGCUUUAGAAAUAAAGAAAAUAACAAUAGCUUGUAAUUUAGCUAGACAGGGUGUUAUUGAUCUAAUAGCAAAAAGUCAAACAAAACAUAAUAAAAAAAAUGAAGAAAAUAAAUCAUUAAACAAAUCAAAAAAUGAUAAUAAAAGUUAUAACAGUAUGGAAUCGAUUGAUUCUGAUAACAAGUCAUAUGAUGAUAUCAAAAAUGUAAAAAAUAAUUAUGUAAAUCGCGUAGAUAAUAAUGAACAUAACAAUUGUAACAAUAGUAAUAUAUCAAAUGAAUUUAACCUAGAUAAAAAUGUGACAUCAUAUAAUGAAAAACAGUCUUUUAAUUCAGAAGAUAUUUAUAAAGACGGAUUAGAUUAUACAAAAUUUUCACUACAUAACGUGGACGAAAAAAGCAGUAAUAAAACUAAUGAAUCCAUAACAAUUGAUUUAAUUAAAAUGAAGAGAGAAAAACAGAUAAAUAAAAUUUUAAAGAAAUGCGAAUGGGUAAUGAACACAUAUCCAUAUGGAUUGUGUUCAGUAAUAGUAGUUGAUAACUAUUCUCAUGAAUGGGAUGAACAUUUUGUAUUUAUGAGAAGAAAUUCUUAUGAUAUACCUGUUACUAUAAGAAAAUUAUAUUCCGAUCGAAGCGAUUAUCAAUUAGUACAAGAAGCUGCAACUGUACCAGCAUUUACUAGCUCAUUAAAAACAAAUAUGUCAUCUUUGUGUUAUAUUGACAAUUUAUUUAGAAAUCAAAAUAGAAUCUAUGAUAAAAUAGAAUGUAUGCAAUUUAGCACAGAAACAAUUUUUGGUAAGAAUACUACAAGAAACAUGUGUCAUUUAAAAAGAUUAUUAAGAACAUAUAAAAGAAACAAUACUUUAAAAGAAUCCAAUAAUACAUACUUAAAAUACAAUAGAGAUAUUAUAUAUAAUAGUAUGAUUGAUCAUAAUAUUAAGACACAAAAAUAUUCUAAUAGUUUCCAAAUUUGUGAUAGCACUAACUAUUGUACGAAUUAUUAUAUUCCAGAAAAACAUAACCCUAACUAUAUGAAUAUUUUAAGAAAUGAUAGCAUUAAUUAUGAAAACAACAACAAUAUCAACGAUGGAGAACUUUGCUUAAAUAAUAAAAAUAAUAAAAACGAUAUUUAUCACCAAGAGUGUAAUAAUAUUCUUGUCGAUGAGUUAAAUUACAAUGUUACAAAUAAUAAAUCAGAUCGUUGCAUAUAUUCCCACAAACUUUUAGACGAAAGUGAUUUCAUAACCCAAGAUAUUAAUAAUAAUAUCAGCAAAUUGGAUAAGCACACAUAUUAUGCUACAAAAAAUAGUAGUAGUUUUUUUGAAUAUGAUUACAACUCUUCUUUUUUUAAUUUACAUGGUAUAUUUAAUAAACAUAAUAUAAUCACUAAAUCCAAAGCAAGCAAUUUUAUCAGUAAUAAUGAAAAAAUACCUUUAUAUCUUGAUGAUAUGAAAAGUGAUCAAUAUUUAAAAAAUUAUCCAUCUUUUGAUUAUAUUAAAAAUAAAUAUACUUCUAUGAAUUCAGAAAAUAUGACUAUAUACAAUAUAGUAGAUCAUACAUUUGACUACAAUUAUACUACACAAUUAAAAGAAAUAUUAAACUUUUUAAUUGAUGAUAUUGAACUUGAAACUGUUUUAAAUAUCAUAAGAAUAGAGCAAUUGACACAUUUAUGUAGAUAUUUAAUUAGUCGAAGUUUAAAAUCAAUGUUAUGUGCAGGAAUAUUUGGAGGAAUAAAAAAUCCAAUAGUAAAUAUAAAAAAAAAUAAAAAAUAUCAAAAUGAGCAAUCACAAAAAGAUUGUUAUAAUUAUAAUUCUGAUGAUAUUCAGAAAAAGAAGAAAAAAAUUAAUUAUAAUGAAAAAAAUGUAGAUGAUUUUAAUAAUCAAUCCAUAGCAAAUGAAUACGGAAAGACACAAACAAAUAAUAUGCAAGAAAAUAAUAAAACAGAAAAUUGUAUUAUAUUAAAAAAAAAAAAGAGAUCACCAUCAUUGUGUGAAAGUAAUAAAUUAAGUUUAUAUACAGAUAAAAGGAAAUAUAAAAAACUUGUUGAAUUGAAUUAUAAAUAUGAUAAUAAUAAGAUAAAAAGAGACAUAUUUAAGCUAUUAAAAUACAAAUCAGAAAAAAAUACACAAUGGCCUGUUAUUCUAGAUUUGCUUGUUCCUUCUCUAAGUAGAGGAACAUAUAAUGAAUGCAAUAGAACAGUUUCGAACGUUGAACCAUCUUUAUUUUCUAUACAAAAUUAUGGAUGGAUGCUUUUGAAAUUAUUGCAUAUUAUAAUUAUAAAAUUUAGAAAUAUAACUCCAUUGAAAAACGUAAUAAACGUAAUGAACGAAAAUAACAGUACUACAAAUGGCACAUAUUCAUAUAUGAAGGAUAAAAUUUCACAUAACUAUUGGUUUACACAACCAAUGGAGUAUGCUCUUUCUUUUACAUUAACGGAUAUAACAAAAAGUAUAUGCAUUUGGUACUUAAGAUAUAAUAGAAAAAUGAUAAUGAAUUCGGCCAAUUUUUCACAAAUUAUAAAAAAUUCUAUGAACACAUUAUGGAUAGAAAGUGUUUUACGAUUAAUAGCUUUACAGAUAUGUUUGAAAGUAAAACCCUUGAAUGAUAGUAGAUAUGUUGUACCAUUCUUAUACCAUAUGUUAACAAUAUGUCAACCACUAUUGCGUGAAGUCCAUAUAAACUUUGAACAAUAUAAAAAGACAAUUAAUUCUGUAAAUAAAAAACAGCCAUUCAUGAAUCAUAAUAAUUCUAGAUUUAAAGUAAUAUGCUCAUAUUGUUGCAAAUCUGUUAAAAAUAUGCCAGGAAACAUGAAUUCCAAAUCAAUUCCAAUGAAAAAUAACAUUAAAAAUAAUAAUCUCAAUGAAAAAAUAGAUAGCAAAAUGGACGAACAAAAUAUUGAAGAAAAGAAAACUGGGCAUGAUGUCAAAGGAUACAUACAUUCUGAAAGAAUAGUUAAAAAACCCAAACAAAUAAAACAAAGAAUACCAAUAGUGCGAAAUUAUAAUUCUUUAGAACAUGAAAAUGCAGUGUUAUUAGAUAAUGUGAUUACAGGAGUUAUUAUUUAUCAUGAGUAUGUUGAUAAUAAUGAGCAUAUAGAUAAAGCAUUAAUUUUAGAAAAUUUAAAGGGUUUUGAAAUAAUAAAAGAAUAUUUUCACAGAAAUCAAUAUUUGGCUUUGUGUGUCCAACAAUACAAAAAUUCUUCUCGAUAUACCUUGCCAUUGAAAAACCUGAAUAAAUCUAUAAAACAUAUAAAACAAAAUAUAUUUCAAAAUAUGAACAAUAAAAUAAAUGCAUGCUUUUGGUCUAUAAGUGGAGAUCCUGUAUAUAACAUAUAUGGAAAUUCUAGAACAAUAUCUGAUGUACAGCUAGAAAUAUAUGAUAGCAAGAAUCAAGAUACUAAUUUAAAAUCAUUUUUUAUGAAAAACAAUUUUGAAUUGGAAUUUUCAAUCACCACAGAUACUAAUGAUGUAAAUAUUUGGGUGAAAAAAAAAUCAAUUAUUAUAAAUGAAAUAAUAGAAUGCGUGGAUCCGUUAGAAAUGGAAUAUACAAAUCCAUCUUGCAAAAAUAGCGAAUUAAUUGAUGAAGAUAAGCCAUUAAAAAGAAAGAAACCGCGAAAAACCCAGCAGAAUGAUGGAGAUAUGGUAAUAAAUACAUCAAGUAGUGGCAAUAAUAACAACGUUAAUAAAUAUGGUUAUGAAAACGACCAUUAUUAUAAUAAUGAUGAUAAUAAAAAUUAUGAAAACACAAAUGAAGAAUAUGCUUGUGAAUGUAUGAAAUCUCCAAUGGGCAUAGAACAUGUUUCUAAUGAUAACAAUAACGAUGAUUCUUGCAAAAGCACAAAUUCUGAGAAUUGCAAAAAUAGCGAAAGUUAUUAUUUUGAUGAUUAUGAAAAUCUAAAUUAUAUAAAACUAAAAACGAUAAGUUGGAAUUUGAUUAAAACUAUUUUAUGGGGAAUAAUUGUUUCUGGAGAAAAUACAGAAAAUGAAAAGCCACAUAAUAAUAUAUCUAAUGAGAGUAGUACAAAAAGUGUGAAAGGGAAAUGCUGUAAUAUAAUCUAUGAUAUGUAUGAUGAAUAUAAAUAUAAAAAUAAUUAUAAUGAUUUUAAAUCCAAUUUCAAUACAGCUCAAAGAAAAAAUCUUAUAGAAUCAGUUUUAAAAAUGAUAAUGUCUGUUUUAAUAAAAUUAUGCAACAUUGUAAAAUUAUAUAAAGAUUUAACAAAAAAUAAAAAGGGUUCAUUUUACAUUAUUAUUAAUAAUACGAAAAUAAGCAAACGUCAAGUAAAUGAUUGUGAAAAAAUGAUUAGUGAUUUUAUGCAUUCUUUAAUUAGUUGCAUUCAAAAUUCAUCAACUGGUGCAAUGAUAUUACUAAGGUGUUUUUUACUAGGUCAAGAUAACCCUACAUAUUGUUUUAAAAAAUUAUCAAACCUUAAAAUAAAUUGCAAUUUUUAUAAACUAAUUACUGAGUGUAUAAAAAAGGCUCCUAAUGAUGCUGAUGAUAUUACGGUUUUUUUUAACAAAUAUUUUGAUCAAUAUAUAUUAAAUAAUUAUAAUGAUGCAAUAGAAAAUGAAUAUAUAAACAAUAUACAAAAUGAUAGUAAUAAAAUUAGUAAAAUAUCAUUAAAAGACAACACUAUUAAUGCUAAUUAUAAUAAUAUAUUUUUAAAUGAAAAUUAUGAUCAUUUUAUAAAAGACAAAGGAAAAAACAUUAAAAUAUCAAAUCUUUUGCAUAAAAAUUAUGAUACUAAUAAUAUAAAAAAUAAUAAUUAUAAACAAGGAAAAAUACAAGGCAUGUUUUUACUCAGGUGUUUACCCCCCAUAAAAUUGUUUCCAAAGCAAUUGAUUCAUCAAGAAGCAAGAAGUUUAUUUCCUAAAGGAAAACAUACUUUUGAUGAAAGCACCAAGAAUUCAACAUCUAAAAAAGAUGAUAAUAAUAAUUCUUCAAAUCAUAGUACUAAUGAUAAUAGUAAAACUGAAAGAAUGGAGAAUUUUAUUAACUCUAGAGAUAAUUUUGAAUCUAUAUAUUAUCAAAUGGAUACGAAUGAAUCAAGUAAUGAAUGGGAUACGCAAUGUCGAAGCACACAAAAUAUAUUAGGUUUAAUACCUAGGAUAUCGUAUAGAAAUCAUCCAUUUCAUGAUUUACCUCAAUCUGAGUUUUUUAUGUCAGCUAGGCCAUCAGAUGAUUUUGAAACACAAAUGGAAGGAAGAACAUUACGAGUUUUACGUGGUUUAAACUUAGGAGGCGUCGUUUUAUGUUUAGCACCGCUUACAUUCCCAGCAUUAAAUGUUACUCCUAAUGAAGUUAAUGAUAUAAUUAAUUUUCGUAUUCAAACAAGAGGUCGUUUUGGUGUUACUGUUGCUCCCGCUGAAUGUGUGCUUUCUAAUGUUUCUGAAGUUUUUGAUAGAAAUGAUGUGGUUGGUUUUCGUACAAGCACAUGCCAACCAUUUAGUCAUGAUGUAUUUGCAGCAAAUGUCCAAUAUGAACAAGGUGAUCUUUUAAGUGUGAAAUUUAACGUAGAAGAUCAACAAAAUCAAAAGUGUUUAAGAACAGAACUUAUGGUUUCAGGAGUUAGUAUCGGAUCAGUUUUAGAAGUUUUAUUUGAAUCUGAUUCACAAAUUGAAUUUGAAAGACGAAUGAAUCUAAUUUUUAUUUUUCAAGAUCCUAUGAUUAUUUUGUACGAAGGUCCAACAUUUACUAUGGACUAUGUAGAUCCAAAUACAAUAGAUUCAAAAUUUUUUAGAAACAAUAAUAAAAAUUUAGAUGAAGAAUAUUUAAAUGAAUAUUAUUCCUUGACUGGGUGUAAAAAGAAAAAUUUUGAAAAAAAAUUAAAUAAAAUGUCUUUGAAGAAAAAAGAAUUCUAUGAAUCUGUAAAAUUAUACCAGUCAAUUCUUGGAUCAGAUAAUGAAAUUUUAAAAGGAUUAAAACAAGAAUUAAUAACAAGGAUGAGCAACACAUUAACUAAAAUAUCUUAUAAUUUGAAAAAAAAUUCAUCAAAUUUAUAUUCAGAAAAUGACAUUACAAAUGAUUUAUUUGCAGUAGAAAAAUCAAAGAAAAUAAAAUUAUUUAAUUCUAUUCAAUCUAUAGAAAAAAAUAAAAAUAAUAACAAUAGUUUAGAAAACAAUGACAAAAAUGAAAUAGAUGUGGAUAAAAAUUUAUAUGAGUUUUUAAAUAAAAAAUCCCACAAAAAAAAUAAUAAUGAAGAAAAUAAUGUAAAGGAAAGCAAAUAUAAUCACAAAAAUGGAGAUAUUUCGCAUUUAUACAAGGAUAAUUAUGAUGAUAGCAAUUAUAGUAACAGCACAAAUAAUAAUAGCUCAGAAAAUGUUAGUGAUAUUGAGAAAUUUAUUAAAAUAAAUGGCACUGAACUUGAAAAAGACAAAUCAUCCGAACACUACUUAUUAUUUGAGUAUAAUAUCCCCGAUAAGAGAAGUCAUACCAAUGAAGAAAAUAACACGAAUUUAUUAUAUCCAAAUGCAUAUAUAAAACGUAAAAUUAAUAUAAAUAAAAUAGUUAGAGAAAUAUUAUCUAUUAUUUGCAUUUUUGGGUUAACUAUAGAAAACGAGGAAAAAACAACGAAUGAAAAUGAGAAAAAAAAAGAAAAGAAAAAACACAAUUUUUAUGAUGAACUUCCUUGGCUAAACAGUUUAUCGAAAUUAAAGCAUUCUGUAUCGUACUCUUUAGAUAUGAAAUGUAUUGAACUUUUUUUUUGUAAAUUGGUAGAUAUUAUAUGCAGUGACUUCUUUGUAAAUUCUAUUUUUAAUUUUAUUACAAACAAGUAUAAAGCAAACAAUAAAUGCAAUUAUGAAGAUAAUAAUAACGGAGUAGAUAAAAACAAUAUUAAUAGUAUAAAAGGAGAAUUAAAAAAAAAGAAGAAAAGUAUAUAUCCAUUAAGAAAAUCACGAUCUAAAAGUGAUGUAAUAGACACAGAAAAUAAUUUAUAUAAUAUGAGCAGCAGUGAAAAAAAUGAAAAUUUUCUCAACACGAAAAUUCCAAAUAAUAAUGGUUCUAUGAAUAAUAAUGGUAUACGAAAUGAACACUUGCAAAUGGAUUCAAUUUUUAUAGGUGAAACCGGAUCAUCAGAAUCUUAUAGAAAUAAUUUUGAAAAUCCUGAAAGUAAGGAAAUUAGUGAUGAUACAAAUGAUAAUAACAAUAAUAAUAAUAAUAAUAAAAGUGAUGAUGAAUUGAACUAUAAAAAAUUAAAUAUAUUCAAUGGUAAUAAAAAUGAUUUCUUUGAGUAUACUAUAUGUUUAAUAGCAACAAAAUCAGUUAUGUGUUGUUGUAUUUUAUUAAGAACACUACUUGAAAUGAAUUCAGAUGGAACUUAUGAACCUGAUAAAAAUGUUUAUGGGUCAUUUAAAAAGUUAUUAAAUUUUAUUAAAUUAUUUAAUUUUAUAGACAUUGGAAUAAGUGAUAUAUUAAUUAAACAUUUUGCGAAAAAUAAUUCUAUUAAUAUUGAAAGAAUUCUUGGGAAAAAUAAAAAAGAUAAUUUCCAAAAUAAUUUUAAUAAUACUGUACCAUCAACAUCUUUUGUCCACAAUUUCUUUGUAAAUGAAUCAAAUACCAAAAAUUCAAAACAUAAUAUAAAUAAUUCAUAUAAUGAAGACACGCCACAUCUAUGUCACUCUAAUAAUUCGAAUUAUUUUAACAUAAUAAGAAAUGAUGGAAUAAAUAAAUUUGUUGAUAAAAAAGAAAAUAUAAAUAUGAUAGAAAUAUUGAAACAUUGUGGAAUACCAUUUGAAUUUUUACAACAUUUUAAUCUAUUUCCUCCAGAAAUCAGAAACCAACAAGUAAUAACACAAAAUGAUACUUUUGAUUUAUGGACAUAUAUAUUAAAUGUUUUAGUUUGUUUUAAUUCUCAAAAUGCAUAUUCACUAAGCUUUCCACAUAAUAAUAUUAAUUUAACUUCUAAUUCAUUAAAAGAUACACUUUUUGAUUUUGAAUAUUCUAAUACAUAUCUUUCAAAGAAAAUUACUAGUACAUCAGUAAAUUUUUAUGCUGGUUACGUUUUAAAAAAAUAUUUAAUAGAUAUUUGUUGUGUAAUGACACUAUUAUUUCCUAAAUUGUUUAUGGAUGAGUUAAAAACAAGCUUAAAAAAUAUAAAUUAUGGAAAGAAAAUCAAGGAAGGGAUAAAUGGAAUUUAUAACUAUAAUGAUAAUAAUACUCUCGAAAGAUGCAAGCAACGACCCAUAAUGAAAAAAGGCGAAAUAAUUGAAAAACGUAGUAAGCGCAAUAAAAAGAAAGUUAUAAAAAUAAUAAAUAGCAGCAAAACAAAUAAAAAUGGCAAACAUAUUAGAAAAGACGAAGAUGAUUCUAAUAUUUUGUAUAAAGAUAGCACAUCAUUAAAUAAUACAGAGGACGUAAGUUUGGAUUUCUUUAACGAAAAAACAACUAUUGAAGGAAACUAUUAUGGUAUAGAAGAAACAAAUCAGGAUAACGUUUUAUGGAAUAAUAAUGAUGGUGUACAAAAUCAAAAUAAUGAGGAAAAUUUGAAUAUUAAAUCAUAUUUACAUAAUAAGAAUAAAAAUAAAAUAAAUGAUAUUGAACAAUUAUUUAAUUUAGGAUUAAAACAUAAGGAAGAAGUUUUAAAUAUUUUUAGCAUUAUUUACCUAUUUCGUAUGUGUGCUUAUUACCUUAGUAGAAAUAAAGAUUUUAGAAAAGAAGAUUAUUGGCAAAAAUUCCAAGGACAAUUAAGAAAUGCAAAAAUACAAGAAAAUGUGUAUAAAUUAAUUAAUGAAAAGAGCUAUAAAUAUUCAAUUUUGUAUGGAUGGCAAAGAAUAUUUUACAAAUCCGUUGUUACAUGGAAAGAUAAAAAAUUAGUAAAUCAGUUGUUAUUAAUAAUCCAAUGUGAAUUAUUAUACCAUUUAAUAGGCUCUAUUGUUCAAUGUAUUUCACAAAAAAGAGUUAAAAUAAAAAAUUUUCAUGCAAUUUCACCGUCUGUGCAUGUAGCACAUUGGUUAUUAGAUACAUUUAUUAGACAUCCGUUAUGUCCAUCACAAAUACGAUCAAGUUGUAUUACACCUAUUUCAGUUACAUCGUUAUUUGGAUUAAUUAUUAAUGGAAAUCGCCUUCCUAUAAUUCUUGGUAUAGACGUAUGCAGAUUGGUUUAUUGGUCUUGUGUUACUUAUAUAAUGCAAAAUAGAACAAUUCAAAAAAAUUAUAAACAAUUGUUGAAUAUAGACAUGUUAACUCAAUUUAAUUUGCCCACUGGAGACUUCGAUAAUAUUAAUAGUGACACUAUAUACAACAAAAUUUUUGCAAAUUAUAUAAUAAACAAAAAAAAAAAAAAAUUUCGAGAAUCUCAAAUCACAUAUAAUAAUAUAAAAAAUAAAUAUCAAAGAAUAAAAUGUAACUAUAAUGAGUUUUUAAAUUAUCUAUUUAAUUGUGUAAAUAUUUUUGGAUCUUCUGUUUUUAAUCAAAUUAUUAAAUUAAAUGAAGAAAACGGUUAUAAAAUCAAUAAUAGUAAAAAUAAAUAUGAUGAGCUAAAUAAUAAUAGUAAUAAUGGAAAUGUUAGAAAUAACAAUGAGAAUGUCAGCAAUAUUAUAGAUAGCUUAAAUAACAACAUUAAUGAUAUAUUGAAUUGCAUACAAAACUCAUCUAAUAAUCGAAUACUAAAUAAUAAUUUUAGUGGAAUUAAUAGUGCAAGCAAUGAAACAAUAUAUAAUUUAAAUGCUACUAAUAGAACGAGUCCAAAUAUUUCUUCGAACAAUAUUAAUAAUAGUGGUUUACAAGAGAAUACAGAAGCAGCUAACGAUUGCCACAAUGCCAAUAAUGAAUCAACACAAAAUGCCUUAUAUAUAAAUUCAACUAAUAAUAAUUCAAUGAAUGGAAAAAAAUUAUCACACAAUGCACAUAAUUUCGAUUUAUUUGAUAAUAAAGAAAAGGGAACACAUGAUCCCUUAAAAGUUAAUGCUUCAUUACUUAUCCACUAUUUUGCUUGCGCUGCAUAUUAUAUUAAAAAAAUUGAUGUAUUUAAUAAAAUGAAAUUUAGAAACGAACCUGUAUAUAACAAUUUUAAGCAAUAUUGUUUAUAUUUGUACGUCGUUGAUCAUGUGUCUAAAAUUUAUUAUAAAAAUAUAAGGAGUUUUAAUACGAAUGAAUGUAUAAAAGGUUAUGUUAAUAAAAAUAUUAACGAUGAUCCAAUAAAAUUUAUGCAUGGGGAUACAGAAAAACAAACUGAACUAAACACAGAUGAAAAAAACAGAUUCCCUCAAGGGCAAAAUGAUGAUAUAAUUAACAAAUUGGCAUUAAAUAAUUCAAUAAAUGUUCAUGAUGAUAAAUUAAAAAAUAAAUCAACACAUAUAGACAAUAAAAAUAUUGUUCCUUUCGGCAAUAAUAAAUUAAUGGAUAUGAAAUAUCUGAAUAAUAUUUUUGCAGACAAUUAUGAGGGAAAUUAUCCAGAAAUGUUUGUUCAAGAUGUAUUAAAAUUGAAAAAAACAGUCUCAGCUAAUAUUAUAAUAGAUAUUAAUAAAAAAGUUCAUCACAUAUCUUCUCCUAAUUCAGAAAUCAUUAAAUUAAAAAUAAACGAUAUGUUUCCAGUACCAAUAGAAAAUAAUAAGAAAAACAAAAAUGAUAAUGCUAAUUUUAGUGUGAAUGGUAGUAAUAUAUAUAAUUCGAAUAUGGAGAAAAUUAUAAAUUCAAAUAAAAACUAUAAAGACAAAAUUAAUAGAAUUUCAUUAAAAAAAAAAAUUAUGAAUAGACCUAAUGUAGUGUUUGGCGCAGACAGUGAUUUCAAUUAUAUUUUACAAGAGAUAAAAUUUAAUAAAAUACAAAAUUUUAAAUAUAUUGCUUCAAAUUCGAUCGAAACAAAUUUGAAAAUUAAUAAUGUGAAAAAUUUUAAGUUAGGUUCUCAUAUUGAAAUAACUAAUAUCCACAAAUUGACAAAUCCAUUAAUAUUAAUAGGGGAUUCUUAUUUAUAUUCUGGAACGAGCUGUUCGUCUUCCUUUACUAUCUCUCUCUCAUUAAAUGAUAAAAUAAAUUGUGUAUUUGAUAAUAUUCAAAAGUUAUUGAGUAUAAAAAUAGGUAUUCUAAACAUGAAAAGAAAAUAUGACAAUCUGAAUGAUGAAUCAGUGUCAGAAUAUGAUAAUAAAAUUGAUAGUGAUAAAAAAGAAUAUAGUAACCACAAAAUCACAAUAAAUAAUGAAGACGGUAAAGCAAAUAUCCCAGAAAAAUGCCAUAGAUUAAGUAAUAUUUCUCUUGCUAAUUAUAGGAGCAUUUGUCCUAGAUCUAUUAAAAUUGAUGGGGUAUUUAGAUACUCCUCUUAUUUUCCAAAAAGCAUAGAAAAGAAAGUAUUUACUAAUAAAUCAAGAAAGAGCAAUAUUAAUAAUAAUGGUGCUAAUACUGAUGAUAAUAAUGAUGAGGCUUCUUCCCCUAAAAAUGACAUUGCUUAUUUUUGUGAGAUUAAUAAAAAAUAUAAUGAAAAACAUACGAAUGAAUUUAUAACCAAUAAUGAAAAUUGUAAUGGCACUAAUAAAACCUUCGAAGAUGGAAACGAAACUGAUAAAUAUAAUGAUACUAGAAUAAAAGACAAAUAUAUAAAUAUUAGUAGCAAUAGUAAUAUUAUUAGUGAUGAAAACAAUAAUGAUAACAUAAAAAUGGAUGAUAAUGAUAAUAAUAAUAAAAAGAAAAUCAGCAUAGACAUUUCCCCUGCUAAUUUAAAUGAAAAAAUUACACAAAAUAAUAAUUCAGUAAAAUAUGAGAAUAGCUAUAUAACUUACGAUAUUUUCAAUGAUAAACUUUAUUCGAAAGGAUUUAUUGUUGAUGAAGUUUUAGAAAAAUUAAAAUCAUCUAUAGUAAAUAAAACGACAACUAAAAUAACUAUUACCGUCAAAAUAAUUGGUAAACAAAUAGUGUGGAUUGCAAAUGAUAUAUGCUUAAUGAAAAAUGAAUUUAAUAUUGAUUUCAUGAAUUUCGUACCUCUUAUUAUAGUAGAACCUUUAACAGAAAAUAAAAUAUUAGAUGAAUUAAACAAUAACUAUGGCAUGUCUAAUUUAUCUUUGCACCUUAAAUUUAUAGAUACGAAUGAAAAAUAUUUUUCUUCGUCUUUAUCAAAUUUUUAUCUUAAAUUUGAAGAUACUCAUAAAAUUAAAUAUAAAAAUAACUGUUUUGAUAAAAAUUGUAUAUGGGAACAUAUUAAAAAUUUAUGGAAUCCUAAAUGUUUUAUUUUUCCAGAUAAUAGAGGGACAACAGAAAAUGCAUCUAUAGGAGAAACCGUUAAAAAACAAAAAAGGUUACCAUUAAUAAUACCAAAAUUAAAUAAUGAAAUUAUAGUAAAAUUAUGUGAUACAAAGACAAAGCACAAUAUUAGUUCUGGGAAAAAUUAUAAUACAACCUCGUUUUUUUUAACCCCAAACAUCAAGAUUAAAAGUGGAUUGAUAAGCAGUUCUUAUUAUAUAUAUGGAAGCGAUUUUCACGGAAAAAAAUGGAAAAUUUUAUCUCUAGAUAACCUCAAAAAUAUUAGAAAUGUGCCAAUUAUGAAUUAUUACAGUUUUGAUAAGCCAAGUAGACAUAAAGAAUCGAAUAUAAAGAAUUUAGAAUCAUUAAAUAAUGGUGAAUUUAAAAAUCCAAAAACUUAUUUAAGUAUUCAAAAUAUAUCUAAUAUGCAAAAACCAUUUACUAAAAUAUCAAACACAAAUACAAAUAUUUAUGUAAACAAAGAAAAUUUGAACAAAAAAGUGAAAGGUGAUUUAAAUUCGACUAGUUACUUAGAUAAGAUAUAUAAAAAUGAAUUUCUUGAAAUAAAUAAAAGAGGAAGAUACGAUAAUUCGUAUCAUAUUUCUUUAUCACAUGAUAAUAAAAAUAUUGAAAAAUUAAAAAGAUCUAUAAAUAGUAAUUUAUCUUCAAAAACAAGUAUAUAUGAAUUAGAUGAAAUUAACAAAAAGCAAUAUACAUCAUAUUAUAAUGAAUCUAUACAAGAAUGUGCUGGAAGGAAUAUAAUUCAUAGUAAUUGCGUAAAUGAUUAUUUUACUAGAAGUGGUAAUGACAAUAAUUUACAUAUAAAAUAUAAACUUAAUAAUUUACCAAAAUUAAAAAAAGACUUAUAUAAUAUAAAAUAUAGUUCAAUACAAGAAAUUAAUAAUGUAAUUCAAAGUGAUAAUAAUAUAGAAAAAUCAUACAAACUCAUUCAAGAAGAUAAGCUUGGGAAUUACAAUAAUCUUUGUAUGUAUUAUGUAGGAUGCAAAGAAUUCAAAUCAUGUAUAGAUGCUUAUGACUCUGUAUUUCCUGCAAAACAUUUUAUUUUUAAUUGCACUGUCAAGAUUAAUGAAUAUGAUACUAUUUAUAAUUCAGAUGAUAUUAAUAAUUCUGUUGGCAUAGUAUGGGGAAUUUAUCGUUGGCUAUGGAAAAGUAAUGGUACUUUUAUUUGUCCAUUGAGUCUUCCGUUACCUACUUCUGAGCUUCCAUCAGAUAAAAUAGAAGAAUGUGAAUUGAAAGUGCCAGGAUUUAAAAAUAAUGACAAUUUGUGUAUUGAAUUCGAACCAUUAUAUCAAAGUUUGUUUUUCUACAAAAAUGGGAUCUAUGAAUUUGGUUUCAAAUUUGAUACAUUUUAUAACUAUAGAAAUAUGAAUAAAUCGCUGUUCUGUGACCAAUUUAAGGAAAUAAAAACAAAAGAUUUUCAAAAUGCGUCAAAAAAGGCACACAUUUGUAGCAAUGCUAGCAACAUAAACUGCGUUGAUUUAGAAUCAGUUAAAAAUGAAACCAAUGAUAUAAAUUGCGAGCAAAAAGACAAUGAACAAAUUCUAAAGGAAAAUGACGAUAAAUAUGAUAAUUAUGAAAGUUCAAAUACCCUAAUAUAUGAAUCAUUAAACUCAAUAUCCAGAUCAAGAAGAAAUAGCACAUAUACAAAUAAUUCUUACUCUUUAGAAAAAAAAUCGAAUAAAAAAAUUAGCGGAAUAGCACAUUAUAUCAUAAAAUCAAAAGGUAAAAAAGUAUAUCAAGGUAUGCAUAAUACAAAAAACGAUACUAAUACCUAUAAUGUCAAUAACAACGCUUGUGAAAAUGAAGAAGAAUAUCGAAAAAAUCAAAUGCUAAUAAGAAUUAAAAAUCAUGUUAAUAUGAUUAAAUUAUAUAAUUCAUUGUUAUUAAAUGAUUGCGAUAGUGUUACUUCUAUUUUGGAAAAUAAUUCUCAACUAUUAAUGAUAUCUGAUGAAAAUAAACCAGAAAUAUCAUUUGAUCAUUAUGAAAUGAAUCAAGAAGGUUUUUCAUGUGAGCUUAUAUCAUCAAUGAAGAAUAUUAUAUAUGAAAAGCAUUUAACACCAUUAAUAUUAGCGUGCAGAAUAGGCUGUGAAAGUUGUGUUCAAAAAUUAAUAAAACUUGGUAAUGUUAAUCCUAAUGCCUCUUGUUAUAAACUGGAUAAAGAAACGCCUUUAAUGGUAGCAGCGCAAUGUGGACAUAUCAGAAUCGUAUCUAUGCUUGUGUGUGUAUAUGGUGUACAAAUUAAUAAAAGAGAUUCUAAAGGUAAUACUGCAUUGCAUAAAGUUAUAUUAGAUUCAUGUAAUAGUGAGGAAAGGGGUGAUAAUAUAAAAAUGGUUCAAACUUUAUUAAAAUUAGGCGCUGAUCCUACUAUCAUCAAUAAAAAAGGAGUAUCUGUUGAAAAUUUAGCAGAAAAAGGAAUAAUUAAAAACAAAAAAUUAGAAAAUAUUUUAAAAAUUUGGAUUAGAUUAUCAUCAAAAAAUAACAAAAAAGGAAAAAAUUGUUAUAUUAAUGAAGAAUUUAUUCCCGGUCUCCUUUCAAAUUGCUCAGUAGCUGUUGGGUUUAAUAUAAAUCAAAAAUGUUCUUACAAAAGUUUCUCAGUAAAAAUCAAUUCUUUUGUCAUAGGUGGCGAAGAAUUAAUAACCGAAAGGGUUUGGAAUCAUUCUAAGAAUGGCCAAAUAGGCUGUAAUGAUGCUAAUGGAUUGGGAUAUAAUUUUUCUGAUGAAAAUAGACAAACAUUAAAAAUGAAGAGUAAGCCAUAUUAUGCUGAUGAUUCUUUACAAAAUAGCCAUAUAAUAAAUUUAUUCAAUAUUGGUAAAAAUAAAAAAGAAGAAAAAGAAAAUACCGGCAAAUUUUCAGAAGACAUAAACCCAUGUCAAUCAUAUUAUUUAUUUAAUAAAAAAGGAAAUAAAGAAAAUGAAAUAAAAACAAUGAAAAAUAAAAAUAAAAAGAUUACUAAUAAAGAAUGUGAAAUUAAUUCGUUAUAUAACAAAUAUGAUAAAAAUAUCAUCGGAAAUGAUAACACUAUAGAAAUUGAAGAAGCUAAUAAUGAUGCAAUAAUUUUACAAAAGGGAUAUUUAAUAGAAAUGGAUACUCAUGGAAAUAAAAAUAAUUAUGAAGACGUAAAUAAAAAUUAUUUUUAUUAUGAUUUAAUAAAUGGAAAUGAUCAAAUUAACUAUAGCGAUCUUUCAUAUAGCCUAAUAAAUGAGACACCACAUGCAAACAAAAAUUAUAUGAUAAAUAUAAAUAAAAACCACAUAAGUGCUAUAUUUAAUCAUAUUGUUGUUCAUCCUUGUUUUGAUGGUGAAUUUGUAAAUGAUACAGAGUUUUGUGAUAAACAACAAAAUCAUAAAAAAGAUAAAAAUAAUAUUUUACAUCUGAAUGAUAUAAAUAUACAUGAAAUGAAUCAUAGUAGAUUAAAUUUUGAUAAUGUUGACAAAAAUAGAUGCGAAUAUAAUCUUGUAUUUUCUAAAUUAAAAACAAAUUCCUAUAACUAUCAAUACUUGCAUGAAAGUCUUUUAGAAUUUAUAAAUAAGUCUGGUAUUUUUUCAGAUAUUCUAAAAAAUUCUGGUUAUUUAGAUUCAAAAAAAAUAAGUAGUAUCCCUAAAUUAGAAGAAUUGAAUAGUAUAUUAACCAAGGUUAAAAAUGAAGAGGAUUUAAUUAAAGGAUUUGAAAAAUUUUUAGAAUUAUUUGACACACUUUGUAUGGAUAAAAAAUUAAAAUAUUUAUUAAAUGUGGAUAUAAAAAAGAAUCUAGAAAAAUAUAGUUCUUCAUUAGAUUUAGGUUAUUUACUAUUAAAAAUAGAUAUUUAUUGCACCAUAUUUAACAGCUCCAAACAAAAAUGGUCUAAUGAUGUGCAUGAACAAUGGAAGAAAAAUUUAUUAAAAAAAAUGGGUAUUUUAAAUGAGUUUCAUGAUAUAAAAUGGAUAACAGAUUCAUAUACAUUUUUUAAAUAUGAGAAUGAUGUAUUAGAAUCAGUAGCAAUUAUGAAUAAAGCAUUGCAAAGCGGCGACCACUUUUUAUUUUACAACAAUUUAAUAAAUACAAUUAAUGAUAAAAAUAUUUUAUUAAAUAUGGCUUUACAUGAUUCAUGCAUGUUUAUUGAAAUAUUUAAAAAUAGAGAUGUAAAUCGAGGGUCAUUUUUAUGUGAUUUAUAUUCAAAAAAAUCAUUUUUAAAGGAUUAUAUUUUUCAAGAGAAUAGUAACAAUAAUGAUAUAAAUGAGCAAGACAAAUAUUCAAAUUAUUUACGGGGAUAUACUAUAAAUAAAAAAGAAAAAUCAAAGAAAGAACUUUAUUUUGUUCCUAAUAUUCUUGACGAACACUUAGAUGAAAAUAAAAAUAAAGCAAAAUCACGAACAAAUAAUACACAUGAUAAAUAUACACAUAUAACAGAUUCUACACAAUGUGUACCAUUGUUUAGAAUUUUUAGCGAAAUGCAUAAUAGUAAUAGCGCUUCGAACAAUGUGACAAAUUCUAUGCAUUAUAUUACUAAUGAAAAUGAAAUUGAUAAUUGUGGAUUAGAUAAUAUAGAUGAUUCAAUAAGGGAAAAAAUUAAUGAAAACGAAAAUAUUAAUUUUGAAUCAUGCAGUCAUUCUUAUAAUCAUCACGAAAGAAUAAGCUAUAAUCAGAUCGAAAAUAAUACAGAACCAUGUAAUAAAGACAACGAUGGAAAAUGCAAUAAUAGCAAAAAGGGCAUUUUGAAAAAUAAUGAAGAUAUUAAACAAGAAAAUAAAAUUGCCAAGCAAAGCUCUAUACGAUCAAUUAAUUUAGAUAUAUUAGGAGAAAUUAAUAAUAACACUAGAAAGGAUAUUGAUAAUAAUAACAUAAACAGUAUCAGCAGCAAUAGCAUAACAAAUAAUAGAAAGAAAAGUCAAUUGAACAUUAAAAAACAAGAAAGAGACACACAUAUAAAGUUUGAAAACAAUUUUACAGAAGAUAUAUCUAGUUAUAGUAAUUUGCCCUUUGAUACAUUAAAAAAAAAUUUUAACUGUGGAAAAGAAUGUAAAAAUACAAAUUAUCCUAAUGAAAAAGAAAAAUAUGACUUGGUUAAAUUAGGAAAUAUAAAUGAAUCAGAUAAAAAAAAUUAUAAACUGAAUGAUAUAAAUAAAAAUAGCAAAAAGAGUAAGAAAGAUAAAUAUAUUUCAGUAAGUGAUACAAAUGAUUCAUGUGAUUAUAUAUAUGAAGACAAUUUAAAUGAAAAAAAUAUGUAUGAAAAUUAUACCUAUUAUGAAGGGGAGUAUAUAGAAUAUGGUAAAAAAGAAGAAAGAGACUUUAAAUUAUUAUGUGAAAUAGAAUUAAUAUCUAACCCAAAUGAAAACGAAUUAAUCAGAGAAGAAUGUAAUAAAAUAUGGCCACAUACAUUAGAUAUAUAUAUUUUGCAUAUAUAUGAUUUAAUAAGUAGCUAUAUGGACUCUCCUGAAAAAUUAAGUCUUUUUGUUUAUCAUGCAUUUGAUAUAGAAAAAAUAAAGAAGAAAUUACCAAGUAAAACAUCACAAUUAUGGAAAAAAAUAAAUAUAUCUUUAGACGAAUUUAUUGAAGAAAUUAAAAAAGUUCAUAAUUUUACAAUGAGGACAAUAUAUCAAAAUAACUAUAAAAAGCAUGGUGCUUUCCCUCCAAAUUUUAAGAAGUAUUUUACUCUUUCUGAAGAAUGUUUAAAAAGUAUUGCAAAAAAUAAAAUGGUUAUGACGGUAGAUUAUUAUAAAAAUCAUGUAUAUGAACAAAAUAAAAAUAUUUUUUUAAAAAUUAUACAAGAUCGUAUAUUAUUGUUAAAUACAUUUAAUAAUUAUUUUGAAAAUUGUUUACCAAUUUCAGCAGUUUUGUUUAAUACACCUGUUGUGCAUUUAGAAGAGCAUGGAUUACGUACUUUGGAAUGUCCGUUAUGCUUUUUUAGUAGCAAAGAUAGAUACUUGCCAUGGAAUGAAACAAGUUGUAGAAAAUAUAAUGAUAUACACAAUUUUAGUAACUAUUUAUUUAGUAUUAACAAAUGUGGCAAUAUUAAAGAUGACAACAUAAAUAUUUCACAGAAAAUUAAUGACAAUUAUCAGUUUUCAUUUACAAAUGAUAGUGAUAAUAACUAUUUUGACAAUAAUGAUAUUCUUGAUGAAAAAAUUACUACAAAUAAUACUUUAAACUGUAUAAAACAUUGUAAAAAUGGAUAUUAUUCUAAUAAGAUGGUUUUAGGAAUGGGUUCUUCUGAUUUGCCUAUACAAUUGUCUUCAUAUUUAUUUGUUAAGAAACUACUCAAGCAUGAUACUAUUUCAAAAUUAUGGAAAGAUUGUUUAAAAAAUAUUACUUCAGCAAAUCCAGAAAAAUCGAAUUUGACAUUAAAAAUAGAUAGAGGUAUGGCAGCAACGGCUAAAAACAUUACACAUUCAAUGUGGUAUCAAAGUACAUUUUCAUUAUUAAAUAUGGAUACCCAUAAACUUAGAAGGAAACCAAGAGAUAGACCUUUUAUGGUAGUAUUUAUUGGAGAAGGUGCAACUGAUUUUGGUGGUCCAUUUCAUGAAUAUCUUUCAUCUAUAUCAAGAGAAGUUAUGGGAAAAUUAUCAGAUUCUCCAGAUAAAAGUUUACCAAUGUUUCAAUUAUGUAUACCAUGUCCGAACUAUACACAAGCAAUUGGAGGACGUCAAGACACUGUAAUUAUAAAUCCAAAAACUAGUCCUUAUUCGAUUCAAGAAGCAGAUUAUGUUGGAGAAAUAGAUAUUAUUGAUAAUUUAGAAAAUUAUAGAUGGCAAAUAUUGCAAGCAUAUAAUUCUAUUAAAAGUAUUAAAAGGAAGUUGCACAAAUCUCAAUUUAUGAAAUUUCAAAUGGAUAAAAACAAAGAUGAGAACAAAUUAUAUGAUGAAAAUUUAAAAGAAAAUAUAAAUCAAGAUUAUGAAUUCUAUUCAAUGCAAGCUGAUGAAAACGAAAAUGAACAGAAUGAGGAAUUCAAUAAUAAUAUAAAUGAGUGCGGCAGAGAACAUGCAUACUUAAAGAAUAACAGUUUAAUUUCUAAAGAAAAUUCAUAUGAUAAUGAAUUUGUUAAUAUCAAUGAAAAAUCUAAUGAAAAGGGAAAGAAUCUUACGAAAAAUGGAAAUUGCGUUUACACUGAAUGUAGUAAUGAUGAUAUGCAUAGUGGAAAAAAAGAUUCACCCAAAAAAAAAAAAGGAAAUAAGAAUAAUAAAUCGUGCUCUAAAAAUAAAAACUAUAGCUAUUUACUUAAUAGUAAAAAAUCGGUAACUUUUGAAAAACUGGAAAAUGAAAAUCAAACAGAUAGUUCUUUAAAUAAUAAAUGUGAUAGACAUUUGCCAUUUGAAUAUAAUUUUUCCACAGAUUCUGUAUUUGAAAUUAUUAAUAAUACAUCAUUAAAAACUAUAAGAAAUUUUAUUAACAAAAUUUAUAAAAAAAAUGAUAAAGAUAAUGACAAAGCAUCAUCAUAUAAUAGAACAGACCCAAAAGAUGAAUUUGAAAACAUACAAAAUAAAGUAAAUAAUUCUACUAAUAAUAACAAUGCAAAGAAUAGUGAGAGUAUAGGGUAUGAUGAAAAAACCAUUAAAGCUAUGGAAUUAGCUAUGUAUGAAUCUUUAGGUAGAAUUAUGGGCAUGUGUAUUUGUAUUGCAUCUCCAUUAAAUAUAUGCUUUAACCCUAUAAUAUGGAAAAAGGUAUCUGGAAUGCCAUUAGAAUUACAAGAUUUAUGUGAUUAUGAUCUGGUUGCAGUAGAAAUGUUAAAAACAUUAAAAAUGUUAAACUCUGAAAAAAAAGAUGUGUUGAAUACUGAACUGACAUAUUCUUUAGGAGAUAUGACAUUUAUGACUGAAGAUUCAGGUGGAAAUUCAAUUGAACUUAUAAAAAAUGGAAUGAAUGUACCGAUAAACUUUGAUAAUAUAGAUUUAUUCAUUAAAUUAAUGACAAAAUGUAAAAUGAAUGAAUCAUCAAAAGGAAUUUCACAUUUAUUAAAAGGUUUUAGUUCAGUAAUACCUUUAGGAAGAUUAAGAUUAUUAUAUGAUUUUAUUGAUAUAGAGCAUAUGGUUUGUGGUGAAAGAGAAAUUAAUUUAGGUGUUUUAAAAGCACAUACUUGGUUUAAUGAUUUAAAAAUGAAAGAUAAACUUUUUGCAGUUUUAGAAAAAUUUACUAAUGAACAAUUACAAUCAUUUCUUAGAUUCGUUUCGGGGCGUUCAAGAUUGCCUACAACAAAAAAUGAUUGGCAUAUGAUCAUAGAUGUAGAUAAUACAAAUAAUAAUAUUAAUGACGUCGACCAAAGAUUACCUACAGCUGUUACAUGUGGAUUCCGAUUGCUAUUACCACAAUACUCUUCUUUAGAAAUUUUGAAGGAAAGGCUUUUAUAUGCAAUCAAAAAUUGUACAGCUAUUGAUUUAGAUGCAUACGUUGUUCAUGAUCAAAUGCAAUUGAUGUAUGAGGAUUAG